AAGGAGGAGCCAGAGAAGACGUCGCGCGGGCCGGCUGUCCCGGCGUGGCCCUGACUUCCGUGCGCCCCGGGGUAGGGCGGGGCGGUCUGGUGACCAUGGCGGGCCCUGACAGCGGCCCGGCCAUCCCCGUGUGGCUGGCCGAGGACGACCUGGGCUGCAUCAUCUGUCAGGAGCUGCUGGCCUGGCCCGCCACGCUGCCCUGUGGCCACAGCUUCUGCCGCAAAUGCCUGAUGGGCCUGUGGAGCUCCGGGCGCCGCUGGUCCUGCCCCACCUGCCGUGAGGGCGCCGCGCAGCCGCUGGAGCUGCGGAAGAACACGAUGCUGCAGGACCUGGCAGACAAAUACAGCCGGGCGGUGAGCGAGCUGGAGGCCGGAAGCCCGGCCCGUGACCCAGCGCCCAGGCCCCCGCGCCGCACCGCGCAGCUGCGGGUGGAGGCACACAAGAGCAUCGCAGAAGUUGGCAGGGAGCUGGCAGAGCUGGUGGAACAGCUUGUAGAUAUUGUCAGGAGCCUUCAGAGGCAGAGACACAUCCCAGAAUCUGGAGCAGACAAUCAAGUGAGCAUCCUGGCUGAGGCUUUGUCAGGUGGGGUGGACCUUUCCUUGGCUUCUCCAAAACUAGUGACUUCCGACACACCUGAUGGGAAAAUGGGAGACAUUCUGCGUGACCUUGAAGAGAUCCAGGAAAAAUUACGAGAAAACUUCACGUGGAAAGAGGCCCUUGAAGAACAAAUGCAGGAUUCCUUAGUUGAACUUCCGGAAGCUCCGUCUUCCUCCUCAUGCCCACUGCCUGUCCAGAGCCACCUUGCACCCAAGAGGACCUCCUCGUUUGCUCGGUGGGCCAUCAGUCCAACCUUUGACCUAGGGAGCCUCUCCUGUAGCCUGGAGGUGUCCGAGGAUCACCGGACGGUGACUGUAUCUCACUACCCCCAGCCCUAUCCCUGGAGUCAUGAGAGGUUUGCCUCUUGCCAGGCCUUAUGCUCCCAGGCCCUCUCAUCUGGACGGCAAUACUGGGAAGUGGACACUCAGCAUUGUAGCCACUGGGCAGUUGGGGUGGCUUCCCAGGGAAUGAGGCGUGACCAGAUCCUGGGAAGGACUAGGGACUCCUGGUGUGUAGAGUGGAAAGGGACUAGCCAGCUCUCUGUGUGGCACAUGGCCAAGGAGACUGUUCUCUGCUCAGACAGACCAAAUGUGGUGGGCAUCUGGCUGGACCUGGAGGAGGGAAAGCUUGCCUUCUAUUCCAUGGCCAAUCAGGAGAAGCUUCUAUAUGAGUGUCCGAUCUCUGCCUCCUUUCCUCUGCACCCUGCCUUUUGGCUGUAUGGCUUAAAUCCCGGAAACUCUCUGAGUAUAAGGGAAAUAAACAUAUAAAUGUUCCUUGGAUGUUAAAACACAUGGAUUGCCUUUGAGCAGUGUGGUGAUUUGACUUGAGAAUCCCGCUUCCCAAGUUCAGGGAUUCGAAGUAAAUGUUUAACUCUGGCAGGUUUGGGUUGUUUAGACCCUGCACUUUCCAAAGAAAGGACAGGCUCUUGACGGGAGAUAACGUCUAAGCCUUUGGAAUAUCCUGCCUGAUAAGAGUGUAUUUAUUUACCUGCGGGCAUUGGGCCAGCCAGCUUGACCUCUGGAGGGGCUGGAAUCUAAGGUGAGCCAUGUGGGCGGUGCCAGUUGAAGCCUUGGAUACCGAGUCUUGGAUGUGCUUCCCCAGCUGGCAAUGUUCUGUGUGUGUUGUCACACAUCAUGUAGAGAAAAUUAAGCAUCGUCCCCAUGACUCCCCUGGGAGAGGAUAAUAGAGGUCUCCUAGCCCCUGUCCUAUGUGCCUUCUUCUAAUGCUGGUUCUAAUCUGUAUCCUUUCACUGUAAUAAACAUGUGUAUAAGAGCUUUGCUAAAUUCUGUGAGUCUUAGUGAAUCACUGAAACUGAGAUUGAUUUUAGGGAUCCCCCUGUUGACUGAAAGGGCACGCUGUCACUGGCUGCAUAAAAAUAUUUGUUGGGCCAACUGAUGUCCUUCCAAGUCCAACGACCCCCUAUUUCUAGGCUUUCAAAUGUCUGCCUAUGAUCCCUCAACAGACAAAGUACAUUCUUUACUGGAUGUGUUUCCCCUAACAAACUAACAGCCCUAGGUAGUGCCUACUAAUGUCACAAUAGCUCAGGCUGGUUCAUUGCAGCCACCUUAUCAGAGCCAUAAAUCCCACCACCCUUCACGGACCCUAACCCUCUUACUCCUUUACCGUUCUCCUUUACCAUUCCCGUACUUGAUCUCUGGUAAAUUCUUUUACCAUGCCACUGUUGUGUCACACAAUAUUAUCACACAUUUUGUGGUUUCAGACAACACACAUUUAUUACUUUGCAGCUUCUGUGGGCCAGGAGUCAGGAUCUGAGACCUCUGCUUUGGAGUCUCACCAGCUGCAGUCAGGGUGUGAGCCCGGGCCACAGUGACAUCCAAGGUUAUAACCAGGGCAAUGGUUACAGAACUGUAUUUUCAAAUUGCACACCUGGGCCUCUGACAUCUUGAGCUUCACGCUGAAUUUCCAUCCGUAUCCUUGAAAACAGAUGCAAGCAGAAUUCCUCCCACAUGAUCUGCUCAAUUGCUCUCUGAGCCUCAUGACCACCCCACAUGAGGGGUAUUAUCAUCUUUCUGCUAACACACAAGGAAGGGGAGGGGGGCCUGGACUGGUUCAGGGGUUUGUGCAGGAUCGGUCAGCUGAUCACGGCAGAGUUGGGAGCCAGCUCAGUGUUCCCACUCUCAAGUCUCUAACCGAAGCAUCCUCUGGCAGCAUCCCAGCUGAGACCAGGGCCCGGCCUUCCACUUGGAUAGGACACAGCCUAAAGCCAUGAGGUGCUCUUUUUUUCUGGUUGUUGGUGGCAGCUCUCAGUGUGGUAGCCUUGGGUUAUCUAAGCAGGGACAGGCCCUCUCUCUUUGUGCCAGAUGACUGUUAAAAGGCUCUCUGUUUCCCCUUUCUGUGUGAUGGAACCUGAAUCUUCUACACAGAGUCAACUUAAUGUUUGCCUUUUUAAAAGUGCCAAGAAUUUAGAGGCCAAGGUUUCAGCCUCUUGAGGUCCUUUGGUUAAAGGCCAUCCUCUAGGUGGUUUGGAUAAUGGGGCCUCUGUCAGCAUGGGGUUUAUUGGCUGGGCACAUGAUUUCCCCACACUGGAGCCAGAGUACAAGAACCUUUGAAGGUGGGGAAGGAAGGUUAUCAUUCUUGGCUUCUUUGCUUUGGUCUCAAGUUUUCUGUCGGCCUAUCCGUUCCAUGUGAGAUAUAGCACCCUUCCUCCCCCUGAAACAUAAAAUCCUGCCAAGGAGAAGAACAGAAGUUGAAAUGCCAGGGGAUGAAGGACUUCUCAGUUGGGUCUGCACUGUAUCGGGGAGGAAAUCAUCCACCCAUGGACAGGCCAGAAAGAUCUCCCAUCAGGGAAUCCUGGGGCAGCUGCUCACCCCAUCUGGAGAUGCUUCUGUCAAACAUCUAAGUGGUUGUGCCCAUUACUGGGGUCUCAGGCUUUGGGUUCCCAGAAGAACCACCUGCUAAGUAGGAAGCCAUCACCUUCUUAGGCUCAAGAAAACCGCUAAUACAGUUAUAUCAAUCCGUCCCUUGCUUCUCCUUGCUCAAAUGCGUUUUUUUCUGGAAAAGUUUAUUUUUAUUUAAUUUUUUUAAUGGAGGUACUGGGGAUUGAACUCAGGACCUCAUGCAUGCUCAUGCAUGCUAAGCAGGUGCUCUGCCCCCGAGCUAUACUCACCCUCCUGCCAGGACAAGUUUAGUUGGAAGACUUUUUAAAAAUUUUUUUUAAAUUGAAGUGUAGUUGACUUUUUUUGCACUUUUUUUUUUUUUGGUAUGUUGUGGGGGCAGGUAAUUAGGUUUGCCUACUUACUUAUUUCUUGAUGGAGGUACUGGGGAUUGAACCCUGGACCUCAUGCAUGCUAAGCAUGCGCUCUACCACUGAGCUGUACCCUCCCCCUGGAAGAGUUUAUUUCCUAGCUGAUUGCAAAAACAAACCACAAAAUGAGACAAUGCUGUGCUCUGGGGAGACCUCUCAGGCUCUCUUGCUCUUGACAAGGGAGAAGUCCCUUCUUCCAGGGCAGCUGGGGCUUUUGACAGGAGAGGGAGAAUGUUCAGUGUCAUUAUCCCUACUCCUGCCAAGCCCUUAGCCUCAAACCCCAAAUUUGUCUGCAUUCAUAAUUGUUUGAAACCCUAAUCACUGGGUCCUUCCAGACGACUGCCAUCUUCUUCUUUAAUUACACAUGCUUAGGUUAUACUGGAGAUUUGUUUUGUUUAGGGAUAUAUCUUCCAGCUAUUGUUUUUUUUAAGGAAAAGUUUUCCUAAGCUUCAGUCUUUCAUGUGCCAUGAUUCUUGUUACAUUUGCAUAUCUCCUGUACCAUUUUUCACUUAAUAUUUUUCCUAAACUCACUCACUUUCCUCCCUUCAGGUCCAUGUAUUUUAAAAAGAAACAUUAAAAGCUUCAGAUAAAUGGAAACCAGAAUCAUGUGGCUUAAAUAGAGGGAUGAGCCUACAUGUAUGUUUCAAGGAAAACCAAACAAUUUGUCUAGCUUGGUACCGUUGUCUGUCCAAGUUUCUGAACUUGGGGCUCUCUGUCUGUCUCUCUGUCUCUCUCUCUCUUGCUCAAAAGGAGAUUAUCAGGUAUUAAAGAUUUACGAGGCUUUCACCUUUACUUAAUCAGGAUGGAAGGAUCAUGGAAAAAAGAAACCUUUCUGUCCACAAGAGUCGCUUUCUGACGUCCCUGCACCAUUUACACUUCCGUCUUAUUCCACCACUUUGGGAAACAUGAUUGUAAGAGACUGGUCUGGUGCAAUGUGGAAGACUGUCUUCCUUCCCUGCUCAGUGAAAUUGUUUCACCUUUAUUUUUCAAAAAAAAAAACACUCUCUGGGGGAGAAAACCUUACGGCUUUGGUCAGUGACAGUCUUCAAAACACAA